AUGACCAGCGAGACGGUCUUCAAGAAGGGAGACCUUUACGUUUACGACUUAUCAGCUACAGUCUUGCAAUCGCUGAGACUAAUCACAUACGACAGCACUUUGAGAGAGGUCGACCCUGUUACGGAGCCAGAAACGGAAGAUCCGAGCAUCAAUGAUAAGUUAUCCAAUAACUCUGUCUCAGAUUCUUCCAAAUGCUAUGUUUGUGGGCUAGAGUUUCAGAAAUUACAGCAGAACAGGGACCAUCGCAAGACCGACUUCCACAUAUUUAAUGUUAAGCGAAGCAUAAGAGGGUUAUCAUCAAUUGAUGAAGGUUCUUUUGAGUCUAUAUUACGGGAGCAGAGGAAUAUUUCAAACGAUACAGAGUCUGAAGGGGACAAUGAUAGCGACGGAAGUGAUUCUGAGGAACUCUACGACGAAAAGAACACCCAGCUUGAUGACGUACUCGAGAAUGAAAUGUCAAAGCUAUCGGUCGGUGUCGAUCACGACACGACAGUCAGUCAUCUUAACACUAGAUCGGCACAAAUUUACUUCAACUCCAAUCUUCUUCUUGACUCUGAAGCAUUUGGCGUCUAUAAAGCGCUGUUCUCAAAUGACCAGCUCUCAAUUCCUUUUCAGUCCCUAAGGCAGUGGAAUGAUCCCACUGAUCUGUCAAUCCCAAUAUCAGCUCUUUUCAUGGUGGCUGGAGGCCAUUUUGCAGGCGCUAUUGUUUCCCAUCAGAGAACAAACGUAGAUGGAAACGCUAGAAAGGUUGGCCAGAGCUUGCAGGAGCAAGCAGUCAUCUUCUUAGAGCACAAAACUUUCCACAGGUAUACUACCAGACGUAAGCAAGGUGGGUCGCAAUCGGCGAUGGAUCAAGCAAAAGGGAAAGCAAACUCUGCUGGAUCAAGCCUACGUCGAUACAACGAAGCGGCUCUCAGGACGGACAUCGCGGCCUUGCUGGAAGAAUGGGAGCCCUACUUAUCGAAAUGUCACAAUAUUUUCGUCAGGGCUCAUAAUAACGUUGAGAGGAAGCUGUUCACUGAGAAUAAAGCAAUUAAAGCAAAUAAAGAAUCGGUGAAGUCAUUUCCCUUCACGACAGGGAGACCUACCAUUUCUGAAUUAAAACGGUCAUGGUGUGAGCUAACCUACUUGAAGAAGGUCACAAAGCCCAGUCCGUUACCACUCAAGAAGCCUACUGCUGUUAAUGGAAGCCUGGAUACUUCCAAGACGGCUACUGCUAGUAAGGACGAGGAAUCGAAAAAGGAGAAAAGUCUGGAAGAACAACACACGGAGCAGAUGUUACUAUAUUUGAAGAAAGGCAAGGCACCUUUGCUUCUUGCGUACAUGCGAAAGCAUAAGGUGGGUGUUGAUUUUCUCUUAGCCCCUUUAUCGAAGUAUUCAGUAACACCAACCAUGUUGCAUCUAGCCUCGCAACAAGGUCUAAGGCAGAUGGUUACAAUCCUACUCUGCAAUAUGAAAUGCAAUCCGUGUUUAUUGAAUAGCGCAGGCAAAACGGCGUGGGACCUUGCGAAAGAUGUCAAAGUUGAGAGGGCAUUUCAGCUUGCUAGGUAUAAGCUUGGUGAAGAUUAUACCGACUGGUUGAAGUCCCAUAUAGCGGAGCCACUGAGUAGAGAACAGAUUGAGGAGCUUGAGAGAGAGGAAAGAGAGCGUGAAAACAAAGAGGCAAGGGCAGCGAUCGAGCAAGAGCUGAAAGCCGUUAAAGAAAAGAAGAGAGCUGAAGUUGAGGCUAGGAGAGGCCAGGGUAGGACGCUUGAAAACGCAAGCAUGUCGCUAUCGCCCAAUUUGAAUUCAUUAAGCGAAGAUCAACGAAGAAGACUCUUGAGAGAACAAAGAGCUAGAGCCGCCGAAGCUAGAAUGCGAAAACAAUAA